AUGACCUCGGAUACCAUGGUCAGAGUAGGCCGUGGCGGGGCCGGCAACUACCACUCUGCCCCGGUCAAUAAGGACGCAGUGCCGCUUGCGCCUAGCAAGAGCCAAGUCGCCCGCGCUACGCAGCCCGCGUCGGCACCAACCCUGACCGGCCGCGGCGGCGCGGGCAACAUCGUAUCGGAGCCCGACGCCGCUGCCCACACGCAGGGAAGGCUGCAGGAUCUCGAAGCCGGCGGCUCGGGCCCGCAGGUGACGGCCACAGACGCCGCGGCCGCGGUGGCUGCCUCCAACAACAGCAGCCACCACCAGCACGGCAUGCUGGCCGGUCGCGGCGGCGCGGGCAACUGGCACGAUACGACGACGGCCGACGCCGCACAAGCAAAGAAUGCCGAGGAGGUGCAGCAGAGUGCGCAGGCGCAAAAGAAGGCGACGGCACAUGUCGACGGCGAACUGCGCAGACCGCAACCGACACAUAACAGAAUUCGCCACUGCGAACGCCGCCACAACAGAUAG